GCCGACCGUAGAUUGCAUCAUGGGCGGUUGCGUAGGCUGCGAUCGCUGAGGAUUUUCAACAAGAUACGAUCCGUGGGACUGAGUAUCCUAUGACGAAAACUGAAAGUAAACGACUCAAGUCUUCUAUGGUUUAGGAACGAUAAGCCACCGCGUCCAGGAUUCAUCUUCUCAUUGAAAAUGAUGAAAAUGAUACAAGAAACGAAGCGACCCUGAACCUGUGCUGAGCGGCUUGGAUACGGUGUACUGAAAUCUCUCCUCAACUUCCUCUUCCGCAUCUAUUUCAUCAGACGAAAGUAAUUGCUCUCUUGUUAUCUUUCUUUUUAAAUAUGCAUACAAGGGAGACUAUAAACGACCGAAUUGCAAACGUCCGCAAUCAUGCUUCUCGAGUAUUCUCGAUUCUCUCAGAACGCGAUGCUCCUCAUUUUGAAACUGAUGACCUUUAUCAGCUGGGAAUCCACGCAGUGAAGGUCGAUCUCGAUGAGGAGGGCAUCCUGGGAUUUGAACCAUGCUUCUUCCUGCCUCAAUUUUCGAAAACUUUAUUGACUGAUUAUCCCCUCCGUGCAGAUUCGCUAGAUAAUAGAUGGAGAGGAGGCCCAAACUAUGAAGAAUUCGAUUUUCAAUAUUUUUGCGAGCUCCGUGACUUCGAAGACCUGGACUUCUGGCAGCACGCAGGCUGGCUGAGUGACUUCGUUGAGAGACACCUUGAAGCGGUCCGCGAUGGUCUUCCUCACGAGCUGUUAUCUCUUGAUGAGACUGUACCUAUUGAUUACUCGUACGAUCCGCGAGACUAUCAAAUAUUCUCUCGACUGGGUACAACGACAUGGGAAAUGUACCCUCAUCCGGUUAACAGCACUUCGUCGCAUAGUAUCGUUUCUAUUCACAAUUGUUCAAGGGCGGAAGAUACAUGCCUUUCCAGAGGCGAGGUCCUUGGUGUUCUAAAUAUACUGAAAGACAAUUUUAAGUUGGAGUCAUCUCCAUCUGAGGAUACUAAACCAUGUCUCCUCAUGUCCUACUUUGGUGAGAAAAAAGGAAGAAUUAUCCAAGCUCAUCACGAUGGACAGAAAUUGGUGCUGCAAUACUCGCCACUGGUGAACUUUUGUGAUACUGAGGCAACGGUGUCUCUCUUCCUUCGUUAUAUGACUAGCUAUCUUAUCGCAUCAUCUACAAGCACUUUAGUCGUGAGAUGAAUACUGUCUGAGUUAUCGCUACGUGUAUUAUUUGCUAAAUUGAAAAAUUGCAAACUCUCUCCAGUCAGUUCCAGCGCAGAGCUAGACGGUGUAUGUUGGCGAUGCUUCCCUCCAAGAAUCUGACAAUGCAACUGUGAGAUUUAACAGACCCCGAUUUCAUAUUACGCUGAAGUUACGAAAACGAUCCAAUCCCAACCUUAACGCUCUACGGCGAUCAAUCUUGAACUUGCUCGAUGCUUGAUUAGGUAUCGUCUAUAGGUAGCUAACUAACUUCUGGGAUAACCGAGCAAAUGGCUAGUGGACAGGAGACUGUCCUGAGGAGGGGGCUCUAGGAGCUCCUGAAAUCAAGGAUACCAGAGCUUCUAUGGCGGUGCGGCCAAAGCCGUAGGAAGUGCUGUUGAGCUCGAAUGACUAAACAGAUGAG